GGCGCUGGUGUGUGACGCCAAUGGCGCCGCGCCGGAAGUCCCGCUGGGUUGAGUUGGUGGUGGAUUUGCCUGCGUGCCCUGUAGGUUGGAUCGGGGAGUCGUCAUGGCGCCCAAAGGAAAGGUAGGAACCAAAGGCAAAAAGCAGAUAUUUGAAGAGAACAAGGAUACGCUCAAGUUCUACCUGCGCAUCAUCCUAGGGGCGAAUGCCAUUUACGGAAUUGUCAACCUUGGGAUCUUCUAUAUAACAGCCACCAUUUGGACGUGGGUUGCCUUUGUGUUCAGCUUGAUGGUCUACGGGGCCAGUUACCAAUCCAUGAGAUCAAUGGCAAAGCCUACUUUUGCAGAGGGCGGUAGCCUCGCCGAUGGCGGGAUUGAUCUGAAUAUGGAGCAGGGAAUGGCAGAAUUCAUCCUUCCCAGGUCCUUGAACUAUUCUUCCUAGGACUUCAUUCAACACUAUUUGCUUCCAAUUGUUAACAAUCCCAAACAGAUCUCCUAAGUUGCAUUAACAGAGGGAUACAAUCUAG